CCGAGGUUUUAUUUUGGUUUUGGCCGAGGAGAGAUCAAUCCGGAAAGAUAAAGCUCCAAUUUUUUUUCCUUCUUUGCUGCCACUGCUCUUCUUCAUCGUUCCCUUGGGAUAACGCAGGCUCGGAAAGACUCGAGCUUUAUCGCGAUCUCACCACCAUCCUCAUGCCCGUCUGCAUCAGAUGGAUCGCCCGCUGGAACCGGAUUCGCUCUCUCUCCUCCAGUCCACGCGAACCCCAAAUGCGCCUCCGGAGCCUCGCGUUCCCUCCACUUCCAGCAGAGAUGAAGUUGUUGUGCGGAAAAGUCAGAAGGCGGACCGUGAGAAGUUGAGGAGGGAUAGACUGAAUGAGCAUUUUAUCGAGUUGGGAAAUACACUAGAUCCUGACAGGCCAAAAAAUGACAAGGCAACAAUUUUAUCAGAUGCUAUGCAACUGCUGAAGGAUCUGACCGCUCAGGUUAACCAACUCAAAGCUGAAUAUAGUACGCUCUGUGAAGAAUCUCGUGAGUUGAUGCAGGAGAAAAAUGAUCUCAGAGAAGAAAAGGCCUCUCUAAAAUCCGACAUCGAGAGCCUUAAUGCUCAGUAUCAACAGAGAGCUAGGGCCAUGUUUCCAUGGCCUGUUAUGGAUCACUCAAUGGUUAUGGCCCCACCUUCAUACCCCUAUCCGGUGCCCAUAGCUGUGCCUUCUGGUCCCAUUCCUGUUCAUCCACCUAUGCAACCUUACCCUUUCUAUGCAACUCCGAAUCCCAGUGUCAUCCCCAACUCCCACUCGACUUUGCUUCCAUUUGCAACACCUAACUUGCAGGUUGAGCAGUUGUCGGGCCAUUAUGCACCUGCACUUAUGCAGCUGGGAAAUCAGUCCCUUGUCUCGAGCAAUAAAAACGACAAAAGCAAGGAGAGGAAGCAUGAAAAGUCUGGUAGUUCAAACGAUGUCACGACGGACUUGGAACUGAAGACACCUGGGUCUGCAACAGACAAUGACUCGUCGUCACCACGUAGAUCAUCUAUGAAAUCUACGAGGAAGGAUGGUAACACUGCAGAAAGGAGUUCUUCUAGUCAUUGUUCAUCGCCUCGUAGUGUACAGGACAGCUCUUCCAGUAGCAUAGUUGGUUGUUCGAACUCGAAGGCAAAUGGUUAAGUCUUCAGCUGCCGACGUAAAAAGAAAGCAAGGUUAGUGGCCAGGUCCGAUGGACGUGCUUUUUCCCGGCCUUCCGUUGUAUAGUAUAUGUAGGCAUUCUGGGUUUAUCUCUUCAUGUCGGACUGGCAAAGUGAUGGUGGGAAUUCAAGUAUAGUCUUUAUGCAGCUGUCUCGGCAGAGUUCCCUUGGAAUUUCACCCAUUUUGUUGUUUGUGGCAUGUAAUUUCAUGCCCUCCUAAUCUGAAUGGCGUUCAACACAAACAAGA